GGGAGAAACUUCUGCUCUCUUCCGCGUACAAAGCUGACAAUCCCGAAUUCCGUCCCCAUGUGAGAGUCGGCCUCGAGGGCGAAACAGAGAAGACCACUUGUGUUCCGCUGACGACGCUUCUAGACCUCCGGCAUCGUCAUGGGUGAAAUUGAAAUAGUGAAAAACCAGACUUUUGAAGUUGGUCCGCAAUACAAGGAUCUCGUCUAUAUAGGUGAAGGAGCCUACGGCAUGGUCGUCUCUGCGAGAGACACCACAACCAAUGAAAAAGUGGCGAUCAAGAAAAUUUCCCCGUUCGAGCAUCAGACCUACUGCCAGCGAACACUGAGGGAAAUUAAAAUCCUGACGCGUUUCCGACAUGAAAACAUCAUUGACAUUCGAGACAUCAUCCGAGCUCCGACCAUCGAACAGAUGAAAGAUGUCUACAUUGUUCAGUGUCUCAUGGAGACGGAUCUGUAUAAACUCUUGAAAACUCAGAGGCUGUCCAACGAUCACGUCUGCUAUUUCCUCUAUCAAAUCCUCCGAGGACUCAAGUAUAUCCACUCUGCGAAUGUUCUGCAUCGAGAUCUCAAACCAAGCAAUCUGCUCCUGAACACCACCUGCGACUUGAAGAUAUGCGAUUUCGGGCUCGCUCGUGUCGCUGAUCCCGAUCAUGAUCACACGGGUUUCUUGACUGAGUACGUUGCCACUCGGUGGUACCGUGCUCCUGAGAUCAUGUUGAAUUCGAAGGGUUACACGCAGUCGAUAGACAUGUGGAGUGUUGGCUGCAUCCUCGCAGAAAUGCUCUCGAAUCGACCCAUCUUCCCUGGAAAGCAUUAUCUGGAUCAGCUGAACCUCAUCCUGGGCAUUCUUGGUUCUCCUGGCCACGAGGAUCUGAGCUGCAUCAUAAACGACAAGGCUCGCUUGUACCUACAGAGUCUUCCGGUUAAGCCGAGAAUUCCAUUCCAGAGAUUAUAUCCCGAUGCAGACCCCAAAGCCUUGGACCUCCUCGACAAGAUGCUAACAUUCAAUCCCGCGAGACGGAUCACAGUGGCUGAUGCGCUGGCUCAUCCAUACUUGGAACAGUACUACGAUCCAGCGGAUGAGCCUGUCGCCGAGGAACCUUUCAAGGUCGAGAUGGAACUCGAUGAUCUUCCGAAAGAGAAACUCAAGCAGCUCGUCUUCAACGAGACGAAUUCGUUCAAGGCUCGAACUGAUGGCGCUCGUUAGUAGAAGUGUAAUUCACGAGAAGCCUCGGCGAUGAUUCUGACAAUCGCUCGUUUGUUCCAUUACAAUAUCUGGAUAAUAAUGUAGAAAUGGUGGCUCAUUUGAGCACGAUUCAACCAACGGAUAUGGGAGAUCGACCUCCACUCUGUUGUAUAGUGUAUAUUUGUAAAAUGGAACGAUUGUUCAUAGCGUUUCGAGGUCUGCAGUAUUUGUUCUCUAUUGUACCAUAAUUGACGCUUACUUAACGUAGCGCUUCGAUCUGUUCAAAAUGAAGGACAUUCGACUUGGAAAGCCGCAGGGUCGCGUAGUCAUUUUCGAGCAAUGAUCUAGUUAUGUCUCAAGUGUUUCAUAGGGGGACGGUCUCACUCUUCCAUCUAGAUCCAGAGCCCCACCAUUCGUGGACUAGUACGCCUGAAGGCUCGGGGUGCGAUCGACUGAUGUCUCUUCCGCCGUUGCGUUGCUUGCGAAUAACACGAUUGAACUGUGGUGUGAGUUGUCGCGAAGC